CAUCUCCUGUCAUCCCUCUUGGUCCUCCAAAUAUUCUUACACCAGAUGAUUUUGCCACUCUCUCUCUCUCUCUAUAAAUUUUGCAGCCCAAUCCUCAGCAACAAAUUUCAUUUCUUUUGAUUUAGUUAAGGGAUGCGCAAUAACCAGCGAAAAUAUAUAUAAAAAAAAAAAAAAAAGAUAGGUAGAGACUAGAGAGAGAGAUAUAUAUAUAUAGAGGAGCACAUCCUCUGUUUCCAUUACCAUUAGUCCUCUUCUUAGAUCUUAGUUUUCUCUCAUUUCCUCAUCCGUUUCCUCCGCAUAUGGUAAAACGCUCUCUUUCUCCCAUUUCCUUGAUCUCUUUAGGAAAAUUGGAUCCUUUUUUUAAUCUGUAUCUUUGAUCCACCGGAAUUUUUGUCAUUCUGUGCUUAAUUUUAAUUUUUGGGUCGUUAGGAAUUCUGGGUGUGUUCUGAUUGGUUUACCAAGGUUCCGAUGGUAUUAAAUCAAUUGUUAUAGUACCCACUUCGUGUUUUGAUCGGAGCACCAACCCAAUCCUAUCUGAAUUCCCACUAAAGAAAAGAUGGAAUCAGAUCUUGGAAAACUCUUCAUUGGUGGGAUUUCUUGGGACACAGAUGAAGAACAUCUCAAAGAUUAUUUUAGCAAAUAUGGGGAGGUGGUUGAGGCAGUGAUCAUGAGAGAUCGUGCCACCGGUCGUGCUCGCGGCUUUGGUUUCAUUAUCUUUGCGGAUCCUGCUGUUGCAGAAAGCGUCAUCAUGGAUAAGCACAUGAUUGAUGGCCGCACAGUUGAAGCAAAGAAGGCUGUUCCUAAGGAUGGCCAGCACAUUUUAAAUAGAAACACUGGUAGUUUUCUUGGUUUUCCAGGUCCUGGACGUACCAAAAAGAUUUUUGUUGGAGGUUUAGCAUCCACUGUCACAGAGAGCUACUUUAAGAGAUACUUUGAUCAGUUUGGUACAAUUACCGAUGUUGUAGUUAUGUAUGAUCACAACACCCAGAGGCCAAGAGGCUUUGGCUUCAUCACUUAUGAUUCUGAGGAUGCAGUGGAUAGAGUGCUGCAUAAACAGUUUCAUGAACUGAAUGGUAAGAUGGUUGAGGUCAAGAGGGCAGUCCCCAAAGAGCUGUCCCCAGGGCCCAGCCGGAGCCCUCUUAUAGGAUAUAACUAUGGUUUGAGUAGGGCGAAUAGUUUCCUUAACAGUUAUUAUAAUGUGAGCCCAGUUGGAGGUUACGGAGUCAGGAUGGAUGGAAGGUUUAAUCAAGUUGCAAGUAGUCGAGGUGGGUUUUCCCCAUUUGGUACAACUGGUUAUGGAAUGGGUUUGAAUUUGGAGCUAGGGCUGAGCCCAAGUUUCGUUGGCAGUUCCAACUUUGGCAAUAGUCUUGGAUAUGCACGGAUGUUGAGUCCUUAUUAUAGUGGUAGUUCAAACAGGUAUAGUACUCCUAUUGGGUAUAGUGGGGGUAAUGGUAGAGGUGGUUCUCUUUCAAGCUCAACCAAUCGGAAUGUAUGGGGAAGCGGGGAUCUUAACAAUGUUGCGAACCUUUCCAGCCCUGUUACUUACUUGGAUUCUGGAAGUGGGGCUUUUGGGGAUUUUGGAAAUAGCAGUGCAAAUUGGGGCCCUUCUCCUGUUUCAACCCAAGGUGGAGGGAGUCCUCCCGGUUAUAAUAGCGGGAGUAUUGGGUUUGGCAAUGGAGACAGUGGCUUUGGGUUGGGAGGGGGAGUGUAUCGAAGAAACAGUAGCUCAAGUGUAGCACAAUCAUCAUUAUCAUUUGCUGCAUCAACUGCAGGCUAUGAGGGGUCCUAUGGUGAUUUGUAUCAUAGUGGUUCAAUUUAUGGUGAUUCAACUCGGCGGUCUGCAACUCCUGAGCUGGACAUUUCUGGAUCAUUUGGUUAUGGGCUUGGCAAUAUAUCUUCAGAUGUUACCAGCCAAAGUCCUGAGGGUUAUAUUGGAAGUUACAAUGUCACAAGUAGACAACCGAAUAGAGGAAUUGCUGCAUAGGAGAUUUGUUAUGUGGAUAUCGCAUUGUAACUGUAGGCUAAGAGAUACUGGUGAAACAGGUGAAGGAUUCUGAAUUUCAUAAAUUUCACUACAAAGAUAAUUUAGCUUACAAGGAAGUUGAUCGUAUAAAGCUAGCUAGUGAGGUUCCUGGAUUUGAAGUACACUUAUUCGAGAGAGAGCAGUUACAAGGUAUUUGUGUAAGGUUUGGGAUUUCUUUCUUCUUUCUUCUCUCUUCAGAGCUUAGGUUCCUUUCAAGGAAUUUGGUUGAGGUGUAAAAUCAGAUUGAGGGAUAAAUACUCAGGAAGGUUGGUUCCAAUUAAUGUAUCAUGCAUCUCUGAUGAGGCGCACCAUCGGUUUUGUGUUUUAGAAGAAAAUAGAGUGCUGAUAUUUUUUUUUUUUGGCUGCUGUAAUGCCUGGCAAAGUUGCCGGUUCUUUUCAUAUUGCUUGUGGGAUUUGGUUUUUUUUUUUCCAUUGUUGGGAUUUGUUAUUUGUUUAUCUCAGCUUGUAUGUGAGGUUCAGGUUGAUUACUAGUGUGAAACAUUAUAGGGAUGUCCUUCUAGGAUCCCCAUCAAAUAAGUUACUGAAUAUUUCGGUUCAUUUUCUAAUUGGACAUUUACAGAGAAGUUUAUACUUGA